AUGCUCUACGGGCGGGCCUUGGGCGUCCAGCCCAGCGACCACCAGCGGAAGGCCUGCGCCGAGGUCUACGGCGACUGGGGCCGCUGCGUCCUCGACCUGCAGCGCGCGUGCGACGGCCACGCGCUGGCCAUGGUCGGCGCGGACCUCAUCGAGGCCCACGGCCUGCGGACGACCUUCGGCCUCGACGCGGCGAAGAUGGGCCGGUUCCUCGCGCGCGUCGAGGGCGACUACGGCAACGACAACCCGUACCACAACAGCGUCCACGGCGCGGACGUGCUCGUCGCGACGCACCUCUUCCUGGCCAAGUUCGACGUGCUGCCGCACCUCGCGCCCAUCAUGCUCCUCGCCGGGUUCCUCGCGGCCAUCGUCCACGACUUCAACCACCCGGGCACGAACAACGCGUUCGAGGUGAAGGUCGCGUCGCCGCUCGCGGUGCGCCACAGCGACGACUCCGUGCUCGAGCGCCACCACCUGGCGGCGGCCUUUGAGAUCCUGUACCGGAAGGAGUACGACGUGCUCGAGGCGCUCGACGGCGACGAGCGGAAGCAGCUCCGCGGCGCGAUGAUCGACGUCGUUCUGGCGACGGAUUUAAGGGGCAACUUCGACUUCAUCAAGAAGCUCGAGAAGAUCCCGCGCAAGGGGCCCGAGCCCGACGCGCCCUGGCCCUUGCCCCGCGACGCCAAGGACGACCCGAAGCUCGCGCUCACCGUCGCGGUGAAGUUCGCAGACAUCGGCCACGCGCUCAAGCCCUUCGACCAGCACGAGAAGUGGAGCAUGCUGGUGACGGAGGAGUUCUACAAGAUCGGCGACCGCGAGAAGGCCCUGGGCGUGCCCGUGAGCUUCCUGUGCGACCGGGACAAGGACACGAACAUGGCCAAGUCGCAGAUCGGCUACUUCAAGUUCGUCUGCAACCCGUUCUACAAGGCCGUCGCGGAGCUCGUCGACGCCAAGCUCGGGCCCUUCGACAACCUCGAGUCGAACCUCUGGCAGUGGUUCCUCCUCUACAAGGGCGAGGCGCUCCCGACGGCCGCGCCGGGCAAGAAGUCCGCGAAGCGGACGCGGCGCGCGUCCGCGGCGAUCCUCCGGCCCCACAUCGCGGCCAACGGCGCCGCCGCGCCCGCGGUGGCGGCCAACGGCGGCGCACCGGACCUCCUCGCGGCGUCGGGCCGCGCGCCGACGCCCCGCAGGCACUCCAGCGUCCUCAGCAAAAAGGAGGUCGACUCGUCCCUCGCCGGGGGCAAGAAGCUCCGCGUCGCCAACGAAAUAUGA